UAAAGAACUAACAACCAUGAAGACUUUAUUGUACAUAAGUUUCCUUCUUGUGGAUGCUUUAGCCACAUAUCCUUACUACAAAGGAUAUACUCGGGUACCACAAAGAACUGUGAUGUUUGGUGGAUACUAUGGCCGUCCGGUAGAAUCCAGAUAUAUUCCUCAAGGUUCGAUGACUUUUGCUUCCGGCGAUACAAUUGCUACCAAUUCUUUCGUCGGAGAUCAAAACCCUUUCGAUGUACCAACAUCUGCGGAAGAAACAACAGAGAGGCGAAGCAGUCCUCUAUACGAGGAAGAACUGGACGUUGAAAGAUCCACUUCUAAACCGAAACGAAUUCCUAAAAGGAAACCGUCGGAAGAGGAUGACAGCGGUGAAGACGACGGAUCUUCGUCCUGGCCAUUUUCAGGUACCCGUAAUGGUGCUCCUUCAUACAACGCUUUUUUCCCCAUCAUGCUCGGAGGGAUGAACGGUUAUGGAAGAAAAUCGAGUGGUGGUUCGAGUGGUGAAAGCUAUUACCCGGGUUCUGCUACAGCAAUUGCCAAUAGUUUUAGUACAGGAAAGGGUGGUGUCGCCACAAGUCACGCAACCUCCUUCGGUGAUCCAUAUUUAAGUACGCUUUUCAGAAGUGGCUUCUUUAACAAGAAAGGUGCUAAACCCGGCGCACUCGAAAAUUAGACGAAUAUAUUUAAACACUACUCAUAAUUAAAUAAACACUCUGAUUUUAAUAAUGUAUCAACUUUUUUGUUCAUCAAUAAAAAUAAAGCCGAUAAUGUCAUCAAA